AUGGUUGAAGGGGUAGCAACAGUCUUUGCAAAUGACAGGUGCCCAACAAGAGAUCUUUCUAGACCUAAAAAAGUAUGGAGGGCUCCAGAUAGAAAAUUGGUUUGGGGAAAUCAAGAUACUAUUAAGCCUUUAUCUUUGAAUGCUUUGAAUGCAAAGCUAACUAAAAGAUUGGAGCGACUUGCAGACCCCAAGAAGAUCUCCAAACUACAUAUACCCAACAGGCCUGAAUACCAUAAUAGUUGGGGUCUAGGAUCUAUAAUCUGGAAGCUUCCUACAAAGUCAUUUUUUAACUAUCCAUCUCGCAGGAUUGAAAAUCUUGCAGAACCAAAGCAGUUACAGGAAGAAUACCUACGAAAAAGGCCGUAUAGCUCCCCCGAAUGGCAUGUGAAAGAUCCUUCACUCAUCCCUGAGGCUUCUGUCCGGAUAGUUCAACUCUCUGUGGCUAAAUCUACACAUCCGGAUUUUGUUGCUCCCAAACAGGUUGGCACACAGAUUACACCUGCUGCUCUGCAUGCAAAUCCCUCAUUAAGAGUGAUCUCUCUUUCAGAACCAAAGGUCAAAACAGAAACAUUAUAUUUUGAAAGAGGAAGAAAUGAUUUGCCAAUUCGCCCUGUAUCCACUGCUGCCAUGGCAGCUCAACCAAGUCCUCGUACAGUAUUUCUAGCCAAAGCCAAAACCGUGCAUGGUGAUUAUCUCCCAAUGCGUCCACUUCAGCAGCCAGUAUCACGUGCCGCCCUAAACUAUGUCCCAUCACCAAGGAUUGAAGCACUAGCUACCCCCAAUUCGAGAACUCCUUUGACUGUGAAUGCUAUUAACCUGGAUGCCUUUAAAGUUAAGGAUGCUGCAAAAGUAGCAGUGUGUUCACCGAGAAUAGCGAAAUUGGCAGAGCCUAUUAAACGCUGA